AUGUCUUUUUGCAAAGAUUGUGUUAAAGGUGCCAUUCACGAGGGUACUCCCAAAGGCAGAGUAGAGAAGCUUGGCGGAGUCGAUACCUACGUUGCUACACCCUCAAUUGACUAUCCCAAGGACAAAGUUCUCUUGUUCUUACCGGACGUCUUUGGUAUGCAACUCGUCAACGCUAAGCUACUCGCUGAUAGUUUUGCCGAGAACGGAUUCAAAACUGUGGUUCCGGACUACCUGAAUGGCGAUCCUAUCCCUGCUGAUGCCUUGCUCGGUCAAAAUUUUGACAUUAUGAAGUGGUUCCCAAAUCACGGUCCUGACAAGACGCGCCCUACCUUGGAUAAAGUUGUUGCCGCGUUGAAAGAGCAAGGCGUGACCGCAUUCGGUGCUACUGGUUACUGCUUUGGUGGUCGCUACGUUUUCGAUCUUGCUAUCGACAACGUUAUCAAAGUGGCGGCCACUUCCCAUCCAUCUCUGUUGAAAGUUCCCGAUCUGGAGAAAUAUGCCUCGACCUCGAAGGCACCUCUUCUCAUCAACAGCUGCACGGUCGACGAACAGUUCCCACAUGAACUCCAAGACAAGGCAGACAAGAUAUUUGCUAAUUUUGCUCCCGGCUACAAACGCGAGUACUUUGAAGGCUGUACUCAUGGGUUCGCUGUUAGAGGUGACUUGAAAAACCCAAAGGUGCAAGCCGGAAAGGAAGGUGCAUUCAAGGCGACGGUAGAAUGGCUCAUCAAAUACAUGUAA